AUGACAACCAAUCUGUCCCGUUUCAAACUUACUUUUGCGUCAAAGUUGCCUUUUCUAUUCGUGGUCGCGCCAGGACUUUACGCAUCAUCAAAGUGCAUCUCGCAGACGUUACAAGGAAUAGAACCAAAACAGCAAAGUGAAGCGUGGGGCACCGACGGUUUCCUCAACAUAUUCAUGGCGAAAUCGUACACGUUUCAGGAAGGAUACCUUAUCGGGUGGCAAAUGUACAACCGAAUUGACAGCGACAGUUAUUUUGUGGAUGUGUUUCGGCCCGUUGCUGGCGCUCAGGGGACAUUCGACUUGGUGCACUCGACGAAAGUCAACGGUACAACUGCUGGAAACAAGACCAUACUGGUCGCAACUGCCUUCAAGGUUCAAACUGGUGAUUAUAUUGGUGUUCACACUGACGGGAGUGGAACGUACGGGUUGGCAAUGGAACUUAGCAGAAUAUCUUCGGCGGAUUGGCCAAUUUUCGCUAAGAGAACGUUCAGCGACUAUUUCGUCAAGAGUAAGAGAGUCUCUUUGCCAAGAUACGCCAAAGGCAGACAAGUGGCUCUGAGAGCUGUUGUUGUCAGUGAUCCAUUCAAAGGGACUGGUACCUGUGACCAAUACUUUGUCAAACUGUCUACCAUCCUGACAAAGUCAGUCCUUUCCCAGGUAUCUCACUCUGCAGUCGAAUGCUCCUUCCUGUGUGUGAGGACCGCAUCUUGCAAUAGCUUCAGCUUCGACUCGACUACCAACAUCUGUAAGCUGUACUUUGCUGUGAAGACACACUUGUCCUACAACCAACUCAAAGAGAACACAAGCUUGGUUGAUGAACAUUGGAUGAUUUGAGUAAAGACAAGAUUAUGACCUUGGUCUGUCCCAACGGCGACAAGAGGACAAAUCGGCAGCCAAGAGCCGUUGUUGAAUUUGACUUGUUGAUAUAGAAUGUCACCUUAAAAAGUGCAGUCAAUGUCACAUCCAUGAAGACUCUCCAUCAACUUGGCCAAAUUGGAAAGUCGAAACUUGACCAACAUCCAUCAAAGGACUCGAGAUGUGAUUAUGUCAUGAUGAAGAUCUCAGGCGCUGUUAUUCCUAGGAGACUUUUUUGUCUAAGGAGGAAAGUGAAAGUAUAUAUGAACAAAAGUACUCCAAACUUCUCGACAUUUACCAAUGUUGUUUUAUUUGUUGAUUUUCUUGAUUGCACAUAUUUCACAUGAAAGGUCUGGCAUCCAGUAAGAGUACAUCAUUAAGUUUACAAUCAUAUGAGGAGGAUCACAAUUAUCGGCCCAACCUGAAAAGAAUGAAUUAUCAUUCUGAAUGGUACAAGUACAUACUUGCAAUUCAAAAAAAAUAUUUCCUCUGAGGCGUUGAUUGUUACGAUCAAUUAACAAUGUUUAGCCACUGAGGCAUAGUUUUUUCACAUGAUUUGUUUCCAUUUAUUACAAAGAGGAUAUAAUAGGCACGAUUGAUUUGGAAUUAUCUUGUCGCAGUGCUUUUGUGUCCUGGUAAAGACUAAUGUAGCUGUCACUUUAGAUGCACAAAUGCAUUUGCAAAUGCCCCAUUCAGAUUAUAGUAUUGAUCGAUCCAAAUGUUCCCAGGUAGCACUCGGUCUGCUCGGACAAGUUCGGAAGGUGCGAAU